AAUCAUGCACGUGCGUUGUAAUUGCUAAUAGCAGACGAUUUAUCGACAAUAGAGACCCGCUAAAAGGCUACAUGCGAUAUUUAUUCGUCGAACUUGAAACGUCCAAUGGCAUUUAGCUGUUGAGAGCGUCAUGGGUUUCUGAUCUGAUCAGCCAUUAGAUCGUCUCAAUGGCCGUCCUCCUCUCGUCUCUUCGCCUCUUCACACCAGCUCAGAUUGCAAUUUACAGACGGAUACCGAGGCUGUGCUCGUCUGUGCAGCGAAGCUACACGUCGGACACUUCAUCCUCAUCCGCUGAUCGCUCCAGCUCUGUACUGGAGAGGUACAAGGACGCGCAGAAAUAUUUCAGGAGGAGACUGGAGGCAACAUAUCACAGGUUUUCAAAUACAGCAGAUCACACAGUGAUCCAUGGACAUCACCAUGUGUAUGUCAUUGAAAAUGAUGGCAUCUACAGAUUUAACAACCAACAGAGUGAGCAGGUGUUAGAUUUAGGAGAAGUCACUGGAGGAGAGGAGGAGACGGGUUUCCAGAAUGAAGAGAGGCUUCACUGGUCACUCCAGAGAGUACGUCUGUCCCCGAAGGAGAAGCACCUCGCUGCGACGUUAAAAUGUAGCCGCAGUGAAAAGCUCAGGUGUGUGGUUGUGAGACUGGAAGAGAAACAUCUACUCCCUCUGGGCUCCCGUCACAUCAGGCUCACACUGGACAAGGUCUUCACUUUUGAAUGGGCAUCGGAUGACGUCUUGUUUUACACGGCUCUGGAGGAUUUGCGAUCGAGUGCAGUGUUUCGUUUGGAGCUGACCUCCGGUGGAAGCAGGAUAACCUGCGUGUACGAGGAAACUUCGCCUGACGUGUUUGUGGAGGUCUCCCUGUCCAGAGACCGACAGAUCCUGACCAUCAGCUGCAACAGCAGGACCAGUUCGGAGGUGCUGAUCAGUCGCUUAUCAACACCCCGGGUUGAGCCGGCUGUGGUUCAGCCCCGCCAGCAGGGCCUCCUGUACCACGUGGAACACUGGAAAGGACAGCUUAUUAUCCUGGCCAACACAGGGCCUGGACAAGAAUAUCAGGUUGUGACGGCCCCUCUGUCAGGGACGUCCUUGCCGUCCUGGGUCUCUUUGUUUUCCCCUGAUCCCGGCACUGUGAUCAGAGACAUGGACGUUGUGGGGGACCAUUGUGUGCUGGUCGCCAGAACGCCGCUCAGUCAGCUUGUCCUGAUAGUCGUUCCCCUCACUGAUGGCAAGGAAGCGUACACAGUUCAGCUCCCUUCCUGGGCUUGUGCCAUUGAGAUCCAGAAACCGGGCUUGGCAGAUCAACAGGAGACGUUGGAGUUCCUGAUCUCCUCUCCAGCUCGCCCUCCGGCGGCCUACCGUCUGCACCCUGACGGCGGCCUCCUGUUAUCAGGCGGCGGAGAUGGAUCGUCCUCACGGAGUCCAGCCGAAUUCUUCACCACGCGCUUGGAAGCCUGCAGCCCGGACGGUACGUUGGUGCCCAUCACGCUGCUUCAUGCGGAGCCUGUGGAGGGUUUAUCCCAGGCGCCACUGCUGGUCAGUGUGUACGGAGCUUAUGGCAGAGAUCUCAACAUGGACUUCAGUCCAGAGGCGAGGCUGCUGCUGGAGCAGGGCUGGGCUCUGGCCUACUGCCACGUCAGGGGUGGAGGAGAGCGAGGCCUCUCUUGGCACAGGCAGGCUCGUGUGGAGGGGAAGCAGAAGGGAGUGGAGGACCUUCGGUCCUGCCUCCUUCAUCUCUUCUCUGCAGGCGUCUCGGCUCCGUCGCUCACCGCGCUCUCGGCCUGCAGUGCCGGGGCCGUGCCAGUGGGGGCGCUGUGCAACAGGCAGCCCGGCCUGCUGCAGUCUGUCGCACUGCAGGCGCCUUUCUUGGAUGUCUUGGGAACCAUGGAGGACCGAAGCCUGCCACUAACAUUAGAGGAUGCAGAUGAAUGGGGCGACCCGGAGAAAAGCCCAGAGCAUAGAAGUAUCAUAGCCUCCUACUGUCCUCUUCAGAACAUCACUCCUCAGCGUUAUCCGUCCAUGCUGCUGACGGCCUACAGCGGAGACGCCAGGGUUCCUCUGGCAGGGGUCCUCAAAUACACACAGCUGCUCAAGAAGGCCGUCCACACACACACCAGCACAAACCCAGAGUGUGAACCGGCGCCCAGCAUAGUUUUGAAUAUUCAACCCGGGGCAAAUCAUCACGGACCAGAAGAUUUCGAACAGCUGCUGGAGGAGGAAGCCCUCAAGUUGGCAUUCUUGUACACAGAGCUGGGUCUGGACCUUCCUCGACCUUCACGCAAGAGGAGGAGAUCGCUAAAUACCAACAGGAGAUCCUCCUGAUCCAGAGAUAGAAGCUCGCUGCCUCGGCAGGGAAGAGGCCUCAACCUUUAAAAACAGCAGUGACUGAAGAAAACGUGGCUGACUCAGACAUAAUGGUGAUCUUUAUGUAGCUUCCUGCUGCUGUGAAGCUGUGACGGUAUCCAUCAGCAC